GCAGACGCCUGUUGGUGAUUGGGCCAGAUUUCCCGAGUUUGAAAAUAAAGAUGGCAGUCGUGCCUCAAGGGGGCGAAAUGUCAAAGUGCGGAAUUUUUCUCUAAAAAUCAAAUUUCCCGUGUGUUUUUUGUGUUGAUUCUUCUCCGAGUGCCCUGCUGAGGGUGCCGUCCCUCCACGCGGUACAAAAUGUCCGUACGCGCCGUCGGCAGCCGCUUAUUUAAACAUGGUAGAAGUCUUAUCCAACAAUUCUGUAAAAGAGACCUUAAUACCACAAUUGGCGACAAAAUUAAUGCCGUUUCACAAGCAACAGCAGCCCCGUCUUCGUUGCCCAAAACCCAGAUACCCAAGAAUUUUGCGCUGAGAAAUGUGGGGGUCCAGUUGGGGCUGCAGGCGAGGCGGAUUCUGAUCGAUAAUGUGCUUAAUAGGGUCACCAACAGCCUUUCGGCCGAGCUGAGGAAGAAGGCCACCAGAAGGAUCUUAUUCGGCGACUCCGCCCCGUUUUUUGCCCUAGUGGGCGUGAGCAUAGCUUCCGGUACCGGAAUUUUAACCAAAGAAGAGGAACUUGAAGGUGUGUGUUGGGAAAUUCGCGAAGCCAUCUCGAAAAUCAAAUGGCAGUAUUACGACAUCGACGAAAGCCGAUUCGAAUCGAACCCGAUCACUUUAAACGAUCUCUCAUUGGGCAAACCGAUAGCCAAAGGCACCAAUGGCGUGGUUUAUUCAGCUAAAGUGAAAGACGACGAAACCGACGACAACAAAUACCCAUUCGCGCUGAAAAUGAUGUUCAACUACGACAUCCAAUCAAAUUCUAUGGAAAUCCUCAAGGCCAUGUAUCGCGAAACGGUUCCUGCGAGGAUGUAUUACAGCAACCACGAUUUGAACAAUUGGGAAAUCGAGUUGGCCAAUCGGCGGAAACAUCUGCCACCGCAUCCCAAUAUCGUUGCCAUAUUUUCCGUUUUUACUGAUUUAAUCCAAGAAUUGGAGGGUAGUAAGGACUUGUACCCCGCGGCUCUGCCCCCGAGACUCCACCCCGAGGGCGAAGGCCGGAACAUGUCGCUGUUCCUCCUUAUGAAACGCUACGAUUGCAACUUGCAAAGUUUCCUCUCAACAGCUCCAUCAACCCGCACAUCGCUCCUCCUACUCGCCCAGUUGCUAGAAGGCGUGGCUCAUAUGACAGCUCACGGCAUAGCACACCGCGACCUCAAAUCCGAUAAUUUGUUACUCGACACCAGCGAACCCGAAAGCCCCAUUUUAGUCAUCAGCGACUUUGGGUGUUGUCUUGCUGAUAAAACCAACGGGUUGUCGCUCCCUUACACGAGCUAUGAGAUGGAUAAGGGUGGCAACACUGCAUUGAUGGCCCCCGAAAUUAUUUGCCAAAAACCGGGCACUUUCAGCGUCUUGAAUUAUUCCAAAGCCGACUUGUGGGCCGUAGGAGCCAUAGCUUACGAGAUUUUCAACUGUCAUAACCCAUUUUAUGGCCCAAGUCGGUUGAAAAACUUUAAUUACAAGGAGGGGGAUUUACCGAAAUUGCCCGACGAGGUGCCAACUGUGAUUCAAGCCUUGGUGGCCAAUCUCCUGAAGCGCAAUCCCAAUAAGCGUCUCGAUCCGGAAGUUGCGGCCAACGUUUGUCAGUUGUUUUUGUGGGCACCUAGCACGUGGCUAAAGCCGGGCUUGAAAGUACCAACAAGUGGCGAGAUUUUGCAGUGGUUGUUGAGUUUGACGACGAAGGUUUUGUGCGAGGGCAAAAUCAAUAAUAAGAGUUUUGGGGAGAAAUUUACAAGGAAUUGGAGGAGGACGUAUCCCGAGUAUUUGUUGAUUUCUAGUUUUUUGUGUAGAGCUAAGUUAGCAAAUGUUAGAAAUGCGCUUCACUGGAUUCAGGAAAAUCUUCCCGAACUUGAUUAAACUUAAGGCUAUUUAUUGCGAGGUCGAGGGCUGUUUUAGUUAGACACAUGAGACUGCUAGAUUGUGAUUAUGGUUAGUGUUUCUUUCUAUAGAUUCGGUUUUAUAGAAAUAAAAACACUUGAUUUGUACAUUACUGCUAUUACUCACUGAAAUAUAUAUUUGGGUUUAAGAAAAGUCGUUUCAAUCGUUCAACAAUUUAAUGGUAAUAGAAAUUUGGUAACAAUGAACAAAAUUACUGGCAAAUCACUUUAAACAACAACAAUAAGUUAAUAAAAAUACAAACGACACAGAAGAGUAAGAUCCACAAGCCAGCGGUUCCUGUCGCGUCCGAAAUGAAGUUUUCUUUUUUCAUCAGCUUGUUCUUGUGUUUGAUGCCUGUAACGUCUCUCAUCAUUUCGAAACUCAACAUUUGACUUACUGUUCAAGUGGAUGUUUAGCUGAAUUUCGCUGUUUGCGACGACAUCGCACAAUUCACAAACGAAUGUUUUUCCUUGUCUCUCUUCCUUCAUUUUGUGCCUUCGCCCUUCCAAAUGGCGCUGAAGGAUCUUCACACUGGUGACUUUAACAUUACAUAAUUCGCACGAAAGGGCCUAAAAAAUCAAUCACUAAUUUGCUUCCCUCAAACUGGCUCACAUUUUUAUCGCUGUUUUCUUCAUUUUUCUCGUUUAAUUGCACUUCUUCGAUCGAAUUAUGGAAUUCGGACAUUUUCGCACGUUCGCAUGCCGCCGCAAACGCUAUCACCUGACUUUUUCAAACUUUUUUUCCGACUUUAUCUUCCUCGACCUCGUCAGUGUUUCAAAGCCGGUCAAGAUGAACGCAGGUCUUUACGCCGACGGUGCUCAAGUCCAAAAUUUCCAUUUUGACGAUCCUCUCAGUCGAGAAUUGUUCGAUUUUGAGAUUCUCUGCGCCCACGGCAGUGUGUGCGUUCAUAAACUUAUUUUAAUGACCCGAAGCCUCUAUUUUCGCCAGUUGUUGGAGAACCAGGUAGCCAUCAGGGAAAUUACUUUAGAAGAGUUCAGCCAGGAUGUGAUGAGAAAAGUCGUACGCCUGAUCUACGGAGAUAUUGUGAGGGUCCCUGAACUGCAAGUCGAAGAGUUUGUGAAGAUUUUGCACUUUUUGAGAGUCGAUUAUUGGGCCAAGUUCAACAGAUUGUUGAUGGAUGGGGGCGAUUUAGCUGCCAUGGCUUCGACUCCGGACAUCUCCACUGAAACGGAACCCUCAACUACGGACGACCUGGGCAGCAGGAGGUCCGGAGACGGCGAUUCCAUGGCUCUUACUGAAUAACGAUUUUUGUGCCUAUCGAGUUUUUCAAUAAAGGUUUCGAAUUCAGCAUUUCA